UACACUGAACUGUUCCUUUUAAGUGCUAUGUAAUAUAAUUGGCGUAUUAGCGGCCUACCCUUUGGAGGUUUGUAGUUGGAAGAGGUAAAAGCGAUUCAGGUGCAAGAGAUGCAUUUGCUAAGAAUUGUCUUUAGUGAUUGUAAAUUCAAAGUACCAUCAAUGGUGACAAUAAGUGCAAGUCUACAGAGAAAGGACAUUCAUUUCUUUUAAAUCUGCUCAAUCUGUUUCUGCACAUGUCGCUGUGUUAAAGUGGCGGAAGCUUUAUACAACUAAUAUGGUGCUCUAGUAACACACUAUUGUGCCACUAACCUUGUUACUGGAUUGUGCAAGUCAUUAAAGUAUAGAGACUAAUGUGCACAUUAAACAAUAUUGCACAGGACAACUCCCUUCUAUAAAUGAAUGAAGCAUCUGAAAGCAGCUUUACCAGAUGAGAGGGUUGAUCAGUUCACCCUAUGCAUGAAAUCUGUCUGAGCUAAUUAGGGUUACAUGACUGACAUGGUCUCUAUCUGUGCAACGUCCGUAUGGAGUUUCCAUUUGUUUCCCCACACCAAGUAGAACAUGCCGUGCAACAUAACUCACUGGUCCCUUGAUCACUUAAUAUAAUGGCAGAAAUUACAGAAUAUAAGAAUAAUGAUCAACCAUUGAGGUAAUUGUAAGUGUCUGCUACUAUGUGGCAACCAAGGUAGCCAGCCAGAAGGAAGAUUAGCGAGGAUUACCUUGUUGUGAUUUUAAUCUUAAUCCAGUUCCCGCAGGACAGACAUAUAUGUGACAGCAUUCCAUGUUUUCCUAUAUUCAUUAUCACCUAUGUCGACUGGAUGGAUGUGUUAUUUAUUUAUUUUUGAUGGGUGCAACAAUCUUCCUGUGACCAAACAACAACUAAUACUGGCAUGAACCAUUCUUGGGAUUUCUUUGACUUUAGGGUUUUGUAUUCCUUGAAAGCAAUUCUCAUUUUCUCUCGCUGAGAAUGUCCAUCAUGUCUUUCUGCUUGAGUUGGAGGAAAUCGCCCAGAAUGGAGGCAUCGUGUCUGGAGCUGGCCUUGGAAGGAGAACGCUUGUGUAAGGCUGGGGACUGCCGAGCCGGGGUGUCUUUUUUUGAGGCAGCAGUGCAAGUAGGAACUGAAGAUCUGAAGACCCUGAGUGCCAUAUACAGCCAGCUGGGCAAUGCCUAUUUUUAUUUACAUGAAUACAACAAAGCUUUGGAAUACCAUCACCAUGACCUGACUUUAGCAAGGACCAUUGGAGACAGACUUGGUGAAGCCAAAGCCAGUGGGAACCUUGGCAACACCCUGAAGGUUCUGGGUAAUUUUGAAGAAGCUGUUUUGUGUUGUGAGUGUCACUUGGAAAUCUCACGUGAGCUCUAUGAUAAGGUUGGGGAGGCGCGAGCACUGUACAACUUGGGGAACGUGUACCAUUCACAGGGCAAGAGUCUGGCCUGCACAGCAACACAAGACCCAGGAGAAUUCCCAGAGGAGGUGAAGACAGCUCUGCAGAGGGCGGUGGACUAUUACGAGGCCAAUUUAUUGAUUGUAACAGAUCUGGGAGACCGAGCAGCCCAGGGCCGUGCCUAUGGAAACUUGGGGAACACUCACUAUUUGCUCGGGAACUUCCGAAAGGCAGUGUCUUCCCAUGAGCAGAGACUUCUGGUUGCCCGGGAAUAUGGAGACCGAUCUGCUGAAAGAAGAGCCUACAGCAACCUGGGCAAUGCAUUUAUCUUCCUAGGAGAGUUUGAGAUGGCAGCAGAAUAUUACAAGAAGACGCUACAGCUGGCACGGCAAAUGAAGGACAGAGCAGUAGAAGCACAGAGCUGUUACAGUCUGGGAAACACAUACACUCUCCUGCAGGACUAUGACAAAGCCAUUGAGUAUCAUUUAAAGCAUCUCGCCAUUGCACAGGAACUGCUGGACAGAGUGGGAGAAGGCCGGGCCUGCUGGAGCCUGGGAAAUGCAUACACUGCAUUAGGAAACCACGACGAAGCUGUACAUUUUGCAGAAAAGCACUUGGACAUUUCAAGAGAGCUUGGAGAUCGUAAUGGAGAACUUACGGCACAGCUGAACCUCUCAGACCUACAGAUGGUGCUGGGACUAAGCUAUAGCACCAAUGCCUCAGUACUGUCCGAAAUCCAGGAUACAGACACAAAUAAAAAUGGUGCACGACCCAGGGUAAGCAGACGUCACAGUAUGGAGAACCUUGAUAUUGUUAAGAUAACCCCAGAGAAGUUUCAGGUGCAAAACUGGAAUAGUGAAAUACUUGCCAAGCAGAAAGGCCUGCUGUCCAAGCCCUCGGCCAAGCUCAUGUUUGUAAACAGACUAAAAGGCAAGAAGCUGAAGAACAGUUCAUCUACCAAAGUCUUACAGGACACCAGUAACUCCACCGGUGCCUACAGAAAGCUGAGCAACUCGCAGCGUAAAACCACAAGCACAGAGGGUGUUGGAGAAGAAGGAUUCUUUGAUCUUUUGAGUAGAUUUCAGAGCAACCGCAUGGAUGACCAGAGAUGUAGCUUACAAGAUGGGAAGAGACUAAAUGUUCCCCCUGCUAUUCCUUCCAUGACACCGAAAGCCAUGAAAAAGUCAGUGUCUGCCUGUGCCAUGUCGCCUCACUCUGACAGGUUCCUGGACCUGAUUGCCAGUUCUCAGAGCCGCAGACUUGAUGAUCAGAGGGUCAGUCUCGGCGAUCUCUCCGGACUGCGGAUUAACCAGCGAAGCCACUCCGUUCUAGGACACUUAAUGGAUAAUGAGAACCAGGAACCCGAUGAAGAUUUUUUUGACAUGCUGGUAAAAUGUCAGGGCUCCCGACUGGACGAUCAGCGUUGUGCUCCCCCUCCACCUCCCAAGAAAGGCCCGACAGUCCCAGACGAAGACUUUUUCAGCCUUAUCCUGCGUUCUCAGGCUAAACGUAUGGAUGAGCAGAGAGUCACCCUCUCCUCCCUCUUAGAAAGACCAAACUCUAAUUAGGGUAGAACAGCCAAACUCGCCUGUCUGAAUGUCCAGUAACUCUGCCUUUUUUAUUUAUUCUUUUUUAGACUUACAAUUUUAUAGGUAUUUCAUAGUACUUGAAAUAUGAACUGGGUACUGAACAGUACUUCUGCUUACUCACAACAACAACGCCAAGCUGUGGAGGCAUAUCCAGCAGGGCAACUGUAUUAAACUCCAAUGCUCCAGGAAGCCUUACUCUGAACAACUCUUCCUCCUCUCUCCAGAAACCACUGCCGAGUUGCUAAUCUACAGCAAGGGAAACAAUGGGGCCCAUUUACAAGCAGCCCUUUUGUUAAAGGGGUUGUUCACCUUUCUUCACUGCUACCCAAAAAAAACCAAAAGAUUAUAGUCCCCCUAAGCAUGAUUAUCUAUUUUUCGCAAUAAUUGUGUAACUAUUUUGCCAACUGUACAGUUUAAAACGCACUCGAAAAGCUGCUGUUCUCACACAGGCUGAGGAGAAAGUUUUAAAGGGGGUGGAGUCAUGUGGGAGUGUCAGACUAAGAUUUUGCCAUACUAGCCUCUGAUUGGCUAGCAGAAGAAACCACUCUAUAGCGCAAGUUAAUGCUCAGAAGGCACAUUAUAAACGUAGGCUAUCCAUACCGGGCCCCGAAUUGUAAGGCUCAGGCAAAAAAGCUGGAUAGAAAUAAGAGUCCGUGCAAAUAGCCAUCGCUAAUUAUGCGUAAUAAACUAAUACAUCCAGUACCCAUUGUUCCAAACAACCACCGGUAUUAACAAGGGUCCGUUACCCACUUACUGUCAGCCGUCUCUUCCCACUCAGUUAAUGCUUCCGUACUGGGACAACGAGUUGCUCUGCUAGUGCACUGGGGAGCAGAUCUGUGGCUGAGCAGAAAACUAUCAGCUCCUCUCUCUCUGAACUAAAAAACCCAUGUCACGUGAUUAAUCAGGGAAGAAAAGCUUUGAUAGAAAUGGCUCUUUUUUUUUUGCAAAGUGGGAAGGAGGGGAGAAGGAAUGCCGUGGCUUAAAUAUUAAAGGCCACAGGAUGCACUCAUCUAAAAAUUGGGGUAGGGGCUUUGACUUUCCCUCCCUUACCUCAGCAUUUUUGAGUGGAAAACUUACAAUGUGCAGGAGUCUGCAAGUGAUUGAAGCAGCUGUAGCCCACAGUAGCGAUGACAAAUUUUACUGGGGGGAGGGGGGAGGACUGUGGAGCAGUGUCGGGGAACCUUUCUGAAAGAGACAGUCUGACAAGAUUUAGUGCAGUGGAGUCGUGUCUUUCAGGUUAGUUAACAAUGUAAUGGUUCAUUUUGGCAAAUUAAUGUAUAUUAGUAAAAUGAAUAAUAAAUGCCCAUGAAUUUA